AUGGACGCCCAAGAGACCCUCGGUGAGAAGGGGAAGGCUAAGGAGAAACUAACCAAGAACAAGAAGAGGCGGCUGGAGAGCCUCGAAGACUGCACCAGCCACGAGAAGACGGUCACUGAAGGCUGUGCAGAGAUGAAACAUCGCGCGAGCCGGCGAGAACACAAAAAUCAGAGGGACGGGAAUGACAUCAAAGGCAAGAAAACGAUGAGCAACAAGAAGAGGCAGAGGCAGGUUACGGACGAUGACGAGAAGCAGGACAAGAAGAGGAAGAGGCUAGACACGGAAGACGACGAGAAGCAGGACAGGAAGAGGAAGAGGCAGGUUAAGGACGACGACGCGAAGCAGGACAAGAAGAGGAAGAGGCUAGACACGGAGGACGACGAGAAGCAGGACAAGAAGAGGCAGAGGCAGGUUAAGGACGACGACGCGAAGCAGGACAAGAAGAGGAAGAGGCAGGACGCGGAGGACGACGAGAAGCAGGCAAAGAAGAGCAGGGGGGAGGGCAGGAGAGAACGAAAGAAGGGGGGAAGAUGGAGUGCUGUCAAUGCGUUAAGCACGGCAUCAAGAGAUGGAAGAUGA